AUGACUUACAACUUCAAUACCGAUCCCAGAAGUCUUGAGCUUCUUGCCUCUGCCUUUGCAAGCGGGUGUGUCCUACACAUUCUCCUAUGGCGUCGCGGAGAAUGGGACUUGCUUGCGCUCCCUAUUGUGCAGGCCUACGCCGCAUUGCCCAUCAUUGUCACAGGGAUAACGCGCUUAGCUGAGGCUAGGGGCCUCCUCAACGACACCUCCCUCACCUUUACCGCGAUCAUGGUACUUGAGAUUACUCAUAUUAUGGGUAUUUUCAGUAGCAUUCUUAUAUAUAGAAUACUCUUCCAUCCGUUGAAUUGCUUUCCCGGACCAUUGAUUGCUCGUAUUUCCAACUUUUAUCCCACCUACCUCCGGAUGAAGAACCUGCGUUUGUUUGAAGAGGUCGAGGAUCUGCAUCACAGACACGGCGAUUUUGUCCGGCUAGGACCGACAGAAAUAUCUAUCAUUGACCCUAAGGCUGUUGAAGCGAUAUACGCCGCUAGAUCACCAUGUACCAAAGGUCCAUUCUAUAAUGUUCUCCACCCUCGAAUUCCAUUGAACAUGAUUCGAGAUCACAAAGAGCACCAUACGCGACGCAAAGUCUGGGAUAGGGCAUUCAGCUCUAAAGCCCUACACGAUUAUGAGCCUCGAGUCACAGGAUACACAAGCGAGCUUCUUUCGCGCCUUGCCGAGCUCCAAGGUAGGACCAUCAAUGCCUCCGACUGGUUUAACUUUUACAGCUUCGACGUCAUGGGUGAUCUUGCCUUUGGAAAAUGCUUUAAUAUGCUGCGUGGCGGCGUCAAGCAUUAUUUCAUGAGUGCCUUGCACGCAUCAAUGACCUUGAACGGCUACGUUGCACAUACUUCUUGGAUAUAUCCAUUUUUAAAACUAAUUCCUGCAAUCAACGCCGAGAACAAAAAGUUUUGGUUGUGGUGUCAAAGUCAAGUCGAUGGACGUUCAAAAUCUAAGCCUGAUAACCCCGACGUUUUCUCCUGGAUUCUUGAAGAAUAUGAGCGCAGCCCGAAGACGAAACAAGCAAAGCUCAAUCUUGACGGUGAGGCGUAUCUGAUCGCAGUCGCUGGCAGCGAUACCACCGCUGCAACUUUGACCAGUCUUUUCUUUGAAAUUGGCUCAAAUCCGGCCCAAAUUGUCAAGCUUAGAAACGAGAUUGAUGACUAUUUCAGCCAAAGGGACUAUGCCGACCCCAGCUCGCUUGCCGCGCUCGCCCAUCUGAAUGCGGUUAUUAACGAGACACUCCGACUGCACCCACCUGUUCCGUCGGGUCUGCAAAGAGUCACUCCACCUCAAGGGCUGAUGGUUGGCGAUACCAUGAUCCCAGGGAACACAAUCGUUCAGGUGCCUCUCCACACUAUCCAGCGAGAUAAGCGUCAUUUCGCCAGACCUCUGGAAUUUAUUCCCGAACGAUGGACUAGCUCGCCGGAGUUAACCAUGAAUGGCUCCGUCUUUGCGCCUUUCUCCAUUGGACGAUAUUCUUGCGUUGGGAAGCAGCUUGGCCUGAUGGAGCUGAGAUUUGUCGUAGCCCACGUAGUUCGGGCAUUUGACUUUAGGUUAGCCGACGGGCAGACCAAAGAGGACUUUUUGCUUUCCAAGAGGGAUACUUUCACCCUCUCUCUUCCGAAAUUGGAUAUGGUGUUCUUGUCUCGUCCCACGGGAAAGUAA